CGGGGGGAUUGGGUGGUGGGGGCGGGGUUUUUAACUCGAUGAGAACCUUGGUCUAUGUACCGUGUUCGGGCGCCGUGAAUAGCCGCGGUAUACGCUGAGGACUUUUUUUCUGUGCCGUCAACUUUUGCACCUUUUUCUAUCAAUAAUUUACACUGAUAUCUACUGUAUCCUAUCCACUGGUUAAAAUAUACAGACAGAAAUGUCCUGGCUACCCAUCCCCCCGGACCACUACUUCUCCAUAAACAACAUCCCCUUCGGCAUCAUCUCCACCCCCACAGACACGACCCCGCGUCCGGCCGUUGCCAUCGGCGAGCACGUCCUGGACCUGCGCGCCUUCGCCACCUCCGCCAACGGCUUCUCGGGGCUCCCGGACUUCGCGCGAUCCGAAGAAGAGGUCCUCACGUCCGAGCGGACCCUGAACCGCUUCGCCUCGCUCGGCCGCGCGACCCACCGCCUCGUGCGGGGGUACUUGCGAGAGGUGCUCUCGGCCGACACGCCCCAUCCGGGGAUCCUCAGGGACAACCCGGAAGCGCGGAAAGCGUGCCUGCUGAAUGGCGCGGAGGAUGGGGUGCGGAUGCACCUGCCGAUGGACAUAGGCGACUACACGGACUUCUACGCCGGCAGGAAUCACGCCUUCAACGUCGGCGUGCUGUUCCGUGGUCGGGAGAAUGCCCUGCGGCCGAAUUACGAGCACUUGCCGGUGGGGUAUCACGGACGGGCUUCGUCCGUGGUUGUCAGCGGCACGUGGGUGCGCAGGCCGCGUGGACAGGUGGUCAAGCCCGGGGAGGGGGAGGGCGGGAAGGUUCCGGUGUUUGCGGAGAGUGGGAAGUUGGAUUUUGAGUUGGAGCUCGCGGCCUUUGUGGGCAGGGGGAGUGACUUGGGGAGUUGUGUGGGGGUGGAUGAGGCGGGGGAGUAUUUGUUUGGGGUGGUGAUUAUGAAUGAUUGGUCUGUGAGAGAUAUUCAAGAGUGGGAGUACGUCCCCCUAGGGCCAUUUGUUAGCAAGUCCUUUGCAACGAGUAUAUCCCCGUGGGUCGUCCUCAUGGACGCGCUCGAACCGCUACGCACUCGGCCGUUAGAAAGAGAGACAAAGGUACCUUUGCUCCCCUACCUGCAGGAAGCGAACAGCAAGAGCGUAUACGAUAUCCCGCUCACAGUCUCUAUAAAAACGCACCACACUGUUACCGGCUGCCCACUGAGGACCGGGGACUUGCUCGGCAGCGGCACUAUCUCCGGAACUGACACGCGGAGCAUGGGCAGUUUAUUGGAAAUGACCGCGAACGGGACCAGGAAGGUUCCCCUCGGCGAUAGCGGCGAGUUUAGGGGGUUUCUGGAGGACGGUGACGUGGUUGUUCUUGCGGGCGGUUGUGGGAAGGCUGGUGUUGGGUUUGGGGAGUGCGUUGGGGAGGUUUUGCCCGCGGGGGAAUAAGUGGUUGUGGGUAAGUGGUUUGCGAGUGAUGGGUUGUGGAGCAGAGUGAAAGAUGAAGGUGGUGAACACGAACCAGUUUUUUAAGGCGAGGGAGUGUUCUUGGAGGGUUUCUGGUGUUUAGUGAUUGUGGGUAUAUAUACCGUGCUUGAGAGAAUAUAUGAGCCCAUCAAGUUAUGUAACAAUACGGGGAAAUUGCCCAAUGG